UUGCAACCGACGAUUGUAAAGCAUGGGCGAUGUUGUGCGCGUGUCUGAUCAAGGACCUGUGGACCCGUUGGAGCGUGGGCCUCCCAAGCGUGUAGGACACAUGGUUGAGAACGUCGGCAGCAAUAUUGCGUCCUCCAAGAAGCGCGCGUCGUGGAAGUUUACAUUUGGCGACUCGGAUAAAGUGCAUGAAGUAGUCCUGCUCCAUUCGGUCAUGUCUGCCAAGAAGGUUGUCGAGUACGACGGCCGCGAGAAGUACCACGUCGCGCUCAUUUCCCCAGGCGACUGGUCCAUCAUACUGAUGUUGGAGCACCGAAACACUGCCAUCGAAGUGCGAAUCAACGAAUUUGAGUCCCCUGACAUGCCUCGCUACGACUUGCUAAUCGAUCGAGCCCCGUUUCGCAAGAUGGACGUGUAUCGACGCAACAACAAAAAGCUCGUCGGUGCCAACGGAUCCCAGGGCAAUGCAUACCAACCUGCGAGCGGCCACGGGCACAUUCAGCAAGGGGGGUACCACCAGAGCCAUUGGGGGCCAGGAGACGCGGCCAGUGACGUGGACGACGACCACGCCCCUGUCGUCCCAUGCUCUGAAGCGUCAUACUCGAAGGACAAAGCCAAGUCCACUUCGACGAAAAAGACGGCGCCCCCGCCAGAGAUCAACCUCAUCGAUACGUCUAUCCCAGAAAUCACUCCGCCUGUGCACUCCAUUGUAUUUGACCCGCUUGUGACGGGCCCAGCACCGCCAGCCUACCCGACGCAAGCGGCGUCUCCAGUCAACUUGAAUGGAAUCUUCAACGCGCAACAAGUCCAGCCACAGCAACGAUCAUUUGCUCCACCGUCGUUCGAUCCGUUUGCUAGCUUACAACCGCAGCCCAACAAACAACCUUUGGGAUACUUCCAUCCCCAACAGCAAACUGGUUAUGGGUAUCCUACCCAGCAGUAUGGAGGUCACUACGCCAACCCCACGACGCCACUGUACCCCGCCUACAACAACAUCGCCGCCUCGCCAAUCUACCCGCCUCAGCAGCAGCAGCAGCAGUACUAUGCCCCUCCUCUCCAACAACAGCAGCCAAACUUGAACAUCUCGACGAUGAUGAACCCCAUGCAAGUGCAGCAUAGCAUUCAGCCCAAGAAACCCACAGGACAAGAUAUCAACAUCAACCCGUUUUCAGGCAUGCGUUAACACGAUCGAAAGAUAACGUUAUUCCAUUUGCA